AUGAAUAAUAUCGGUCCUGAUUUUGUGAGCAGAACAAUAAGUAUUUUCAUCGCCAUUUUCGCCGUCAUCAUCAUUAUCGCCACUGUCUUCGGGAACAGUCUGGUGAUACUAUCAAUCCUCACGGACAGACGUCUACACAGGGUAGGUAAUAUCUUCAUUGUCAGCCUCGCUCUCAGUGACGUCCUUGUCGGCAUUUGUGUGACCCCCUUUGCGCUGAUUUAUCAACUCCAGGGGACCUGGAACUUCGGGCCCGUUUUCUGUGAAUUCUGGGUUUCUAUGGACAUCAUUUGUUGCACUGCUAGCAUCUUGAAUCUGUGCAUGAUCAGCUACGACAGAUAUAAUGCUAUAGCGCAACCUCUCCAUUACGCACAGUUCAGAACAGUUCGGAGGGUCCUGUUUUUGGUCACUAUUGCCUGGGUGUAUUCUAUAGUCAUUGCUUUACCACCCCUUCUCGGAUGGAAAACACCGGAUCCAAAGUCCCCAGAGUCAUGUGCCAUUUCUCAAAAUGUGGGAUACACACUGUAUUCUACUAUUGGAGCGUUCUAUUUACCAUUAAUCGUAAUGUUGUGUUUCUACUGCAAAAUAUUUCAGGUCACGUGGUUAAGAGGUAAACAGUGGGUGAGGGGUCCAGGAAAUAGUUUGAUCAUUAAAUCUAUGAACAGGUUUCAAAAGAGACGGAAGUGCUACUCCUAUAAAACAUGUGGUUUAUAUUGUAAUAAAGGAGAGGAAGGGGAAGGCAAGAACAAGCCUAUUGGUAAUACAGAAAACGAAAAUCAAGGUCAACCGAAUGAGACAUCAACUGAAAUGAAACAGGAAGUACCUGUGACUGAUAAUAAUCAAACUCUUGAUCAGCCAAAGAUAAAACCAAGACGUCCCAUUCUAGUGCGUCAGAUUUCUUUUCUUUCUAGCACUGAUUCCGGAUACACUACCACGUCUGGUGAAGCCUCCAUUUCAAGUGACACCACGACAACAAAAGAUUAUCCAGAACGCAUGCCCAGCAUUGCAGAGGACGAAAUUAUUACUGAAGUUGUGGACAAGGAAACAGGGAAGCUUAUAAGUCAAUGUCGGGGAGGACAGACCAUAAAGAAUGGAGACGACCUAAACUUUCCAAAAACAUCACUGACAACAGGAAAUUCAGGCGAAAAUCAAGUAAAAAAUGUCCUAAAACGUCGCCAUUUGAAGCGUCGAGACACGAUUUCUCUGCCUCAGGAGCGUCGAGCUGUCCGUACUCUGGGUAUCGUGGUGGGGUGCUUUUUGAUCUGUUGGCUUCCGUUCUUCAUUGUAGCACUGUUAGUGCCUUUAUGUCCAGAAGGUGUCUUCCCGGAGUUUGUACAGAGCCUGGUGCUUUUUCUCGGUUACUUUAAUUCAGCCUGUAAUCCGGUUAUUUAUACAUUCUUCAACAAAGAAUUCAGAGCCGCUUUCAAGAAAAUUUUAUGCUGCAAAUUCAAGGAUUCCCUCCCCCACGUAUCUGUAGCUGGGUUUUUCUUUAGCUUUGUAUUUUAA